AUGCAGACCCUAGAUCCAAAGAAAGGGACGGGAGUGGCCUUUCCUGCCAAAGUACUUCCAGAUCCAGAUCUUCUUAUUACACCUGAGAAACUACCAGGCCCUCCAGUAGCGACAGCACUAGUGCCAGAUCACACCACCAGGGGGCAGCACAGGGUGAGGUUUGAUGAUGUCAUUCAAAUGAAGUCCCCUCCUGACAGCUUUCAUAGUCAGAGUACAGACUCAGCCACCACACAGGACAGUCCUGGGACAGAGACACCUGGUGUCCAGAAUGCCAAAGAUUGUAUGGAUGUAGAGGGCGCUUCUGUAACGGGAAACUCCAAAAACAAGUCUGAUGUUAUAAAUAUUAAACAAAAUGACACUGGCUCACAUUAUAAUAAUGGAAAUGUUAAAAAUGGACUCCACUCACAAAUUAAAGUGACAAGGCAUUCCAAGGACAAGUCCAGCAUAGAAAGUCAAAUAGAUGCAUUAAAAGACUUAUUGAUAGAGACACGAGAGAAGGACGUGGGUUCUGGAAGUAAAAUAUGCAGAUAUAGGACUAAAGAGGAUGCUUUGCCGCAGGCCACCCAACCUGCAGUCAAGUUAUAUGGCUACCAGAUAAGCGAAAACACAAGAAAAGAUAAUAAGUUUCCUUCCAUCCAGGGUAAAUCCCAAAACGAUACAAUUAUUAAGCCAGGGAAUGUAAAAGACAAUAAAAAUUUUGCAGGGAAAAUUUCGUUUGGUGACAAAAUUAAAGGUGGCAGCACUGCUACUGAAGAGAACACACCAAAAGGUGGCAGCACUGAUUCAAGAAAAGCCAUCAGACAAAAUGUGAAGAGGGCCCAGUCUGCCCCUCCCUCACAGAGCCACAGAACAGCCCCAGGUGUUACAUCUGCCAUUAGGAGCCAGACACUUCAGAAGAGAGGCUAUCAUCACCCAGCCAGUAAAGUAGAGGGUCAGCUCCAACAGAAGUCUGGGUCAGAAGAGAACAUUUAUGCCAGGCCAGAAUUCCACAGCACAUUGAAGGUGGCCUCAGAGCUGAAGACAGUGAAAGCAUCAACAAUUGAUGUGGCAGCCGCAGUGGAAAACAGACUCCAGACAUCCCAGAGAGUGAAAACUAAAGUUACAGAAAAGGCUGUUGGUCAGGUCAACAAGCAGAAGGACAGCGUCCAGUUCACCAAACUGAUGGGACUGGACGUCCCAGUUGAUGAACUGGCCGCGGUGGUGGAGGUAGAGAGGUCAGCCAAGGUCAAACCGGCAGCCAAGCCAAAAGCAAGGACCAAGUUUCGAGAGCCAGACAUUAUGGACUUCUUCACCCCGGACCUGCAGCGAGAGAGUGUCAGUUUCUCCACCAGGUCCGUGCCGCUGUCCAAACCCAAACUGAGGACAGCAGACCCUGGACACGCCUUCGACUUGUUCUUACAUAUCAGCUCUUGGGAAGACUGA